AUGUUCUGCUGCCCUAACUGCUGCCUCAGCGGUGCUGCCCUCACUGCUACCCUUAUGUUCUGCUGCCCUCACUGCUGCCUCAGCACUGCUACCCUUAUGUUCUGCUGCCCUAACUGCUGCCUCAGCGGCGCUGCCCUCACUGCUGCCUCAGCGGUGCUGCCCUCACUGCUGCCUCAGCGGUGCUGCCCUCACUGCUGCCUCAGCGGUGCUGCCCUCACUGCUGCCCUCACUGCUGCCCUCACUGCUGCCCACACUGCUGCCCUCACUGCUGCCCUCACUGCUGCCUCAGCGGUGCUGCCCUCACUCACUGCUGCCCUCACUGCUGCCUCAGCACUGCUGCCCUCACUGCUGCCUCAGCACUGCUGCCCUCACUGCUGCUUCAGCACUGCUGCCCUCACUGCUGCCUCAGCGGUGCUGCCCUCACUGCUGCCUCAGCGGUGCUGCCCUCACUGCUGCCUCAGCACUGCUGCCCUCAGUUCAGUUUGUUAUGUACCGCUGUAUCGUGACUGCUAA